AUGUCCAUGUCCCAAUCAGGUCAAUCUCCAAUAGAGGCAUUUCCUGCUAACACCUUCCAGUGCAUCCUGACUACGGACGGGGAGCGCUCCUUUGCCCUGCUACGCUUCGGGGAGAUGUACUGGGGUCCUGGCCAGAGGAUCCACCAUGACGCCCUCACAGGCUACACCGACGGUGGAGCCCACUUUUUCAACGAGACCACGGAUCCAACAAAUCUGUUUGGCCCAGGGGGGCGGUAUAGACCUCAGGAGGUGAAGGGGAACACAGGUCAGCUGGGUCAGCUGGUGUACGACCUGACAGGGCCCACAGAGCGCGAACAGGACCCGAAGAUGAGGUGCCAAGUGUGGGCCCUAAAGGAGCCCGAGCCGAAGGAGUGGGCCAAGGGGGUGUCCCCGUGCCCCUGUACCCGCGCCCAAGCACUGGAGGACUUGGCCUUCGGGCCUGAGACCCUUCCCCCCAACCAGCAGGAUCGGGUACGGGUGACAGAGCUACGGGGGCUGCGCUGGGGGGGCAGUGUGGGUCACGUAUUCCAGUCCAUCCUGUCCAAUCGGCACGGCUCAGGGAAGAGAUGUGUGUAUGACCCACAAGGUCCCCUGUUGGCUGGAUACAGUGAGCGCUACUUCUCUGGAGCCACUGCACAGAAACACAUAGAUGAGGAUCUCCUUCCGUUCCAGUGGUGUUGUAUCCAGUCUCCUCUGUGCCACCUCUAUCUGGCCAAGAGACCCCUGGACCGUUGCCAAGGUUACGGCUGGGUGAGCCCCGACUGCUGCAUUACCGCAGCCAAGGCAACACAGGGCAUUGGCAUGGUGUACGGCAGCCUUCAUUUCAUCACCUUCGAUGGGACUGAGUACUCCUUCAAGGCCCUCGGCGAGUUUGUCAUUGUGCGCCUCUCCUCCUACUCGGGCUCCAAUAUCUUCACGCUGCAGGGUGAGACGGGCGAGCUGAAGACGGGCGGACAGGCUAGACGGGUCCCCACGGUGGUGAGGAUGGCUGCUUUUCACCAGGGCAUCGGCAAGGUUGAGUGGCGCUGUGCAAAGUCAGGAGAGGGACUGGAGGUCCUGGUGGAUAAUGUGAAGGUCCCAGUCUUUGUCGGUGUGGUGCACAUGGGCAAGGAGGGUUUUGCGGUGCGCUGUACUUCGGCCAGUAGCUGUGCGGCAGUGUACGCCGGGGGGCUCCACGUGGUGGUGUGGAGGGUGGGUGGAGGUGGUGGUGCACAGCAGUUGGCCGCCCUGGUGGAGGUCCCCCAGACCUUCUACAACCGCACAGUGGGCCUCCUGGGCUUCUGGAGCUCCAACCGCACCGAUGACUUCCUGCAGUCUGACGGGAAGCUGAUGAUCUCCCUCAAGAGCAACCCUCCCCCGGAGGAGAGCCUGCGCCAAUUUGGCCUGUCCUGGGCUGUACCCAUUCCAGAGAGCCUGCUCUUCUCCAUCCCACCCACUGGUCAGUUUACUCCAGCCUCGACAGAGGAGCUGAUGUCAGUGAGUCCAGCUGUACAAGACAGACUGAGGAGGACAUGUCAGGGCAGUUUGCAGUGUGUUCAUGACAUCCUGGCUUCUAACGACACUGGACUGGGUUUGCAGAGUCUGGAGUCCCAGGAGCUGUACCACAAGCUGGCUACGGUGUUUGGGAACAUGCCUCCCAUAGUGACUGAGCCCACGGUGAUCCGUUGUAAGGUCAAAUCCACCGUUCGCGUGCAGAUCAGCACUCAAGACUCCAACCUAGACCCUAUAAGCUUCUCACUGCUCUUCCCCAGACCACCACAAGCAUCUGUUGGGAAAAGUGAUGGUAUAUUAACCUGGACACCACUCAACAUCCAGCCAGUCUACCUGACCAUCAGAGUUGAUGACCAGCUGUUGAGCUCUCAGUUCACCCCCAUCCUGCAGGUGUGCAACUGCCUCAACGGUGGCACCUGCCAAUAUAACAGCAUAGUGGACAACCAUCUGCAGGGGAGAUUUCUGGUGGUAGGGUGUCUGUGCCCUAAGGGUUUCAGUGGGAAAUUCUGUGAGAAUACCACCGACGUGUGUAAAAUGAAGCCUUGCUUCCCAGGAGUGCAGUGCCAGUCCCAGGGAGAGCCAGACCAGUUCACCUGUGGAGAGUGCCCCUCACCCACCAUCUACGGGGGCAAGCAGGGAUACAAGUGCUUUGAGAAUGACCUCUGCCUCCCUCCUUUCCCCUUUCCCUGUCACACGAUGGCCGACUGCCUCAGCUCAGGGUACAACUACACCUGCAGGUGCAAGCCUGGCUUUACUGGGGACGGACGCAACUGCACAGACAUAAAUGAGUGCCUGGACCCAUCGGCCUGUCGUAACGCUAAGUUUGAGUGUGUGAACACGCCAGGGUCCAUCCGAUGCUCCUGUCGCUACCAGAGCACUGAGGAAACCGAUGGCUGUGGGGACUCUGCCAAUCCACCAGGGUUCAAUGUCUUCAACGUGUCCUUGGGCUGGAGGAACCAGGGGUCUGGAGGAGAGGGGCUGAGGCAGCUGGAGGAGAUUCUGUCAAUGGGCUUCCAGAACAAGUUCUACAACGCUGUGAUGAAACGGCCGAUGCAGGGCUCAGGUCUGGAUGAGUACAGGAUCAACGUGUCCAGUGACACACCCCACUGGUACAUCAGAGACUACCUGACCCGCGUCAGUGCUUACUACAGCAUCAAAACCGCUGAAGUUGGAGACUUGGAUGAGUGUAAAUCAAAUGAGGCUGUGUGUAGGCAACCUGCUCUUUGUGCCAACACUUACGGAGGGUACAGGUGUGUGUGUAACGGGACCACCGACGUCGACUACACCCAAUCCUGCAUUUUAGACAUGGGUGGUUUGAACAGGACGGGGAUAGCCGUGGCCCAGAUGGCGGAGGAUAAGAAGUCCCUGAUCCUGGGCCUGGUUUUAGGCAUCGGGAUCCCUGUCCUCCUCCUACUGUCUGCCCUCGCCUGCUUCUGCUGUUCCCGCAAGAAGACCAUCACAGGAGAAAUUCCUCAAUUGUUACCCGAAUAUGUUCAGGAGCAGUACAACCCUCCGCCCUUCAACUACUCCGACCCGGCUCUACACUACAACGUCCACGUCAGCCCGCGCGUCAUCGACGACCUUACACCCAGGAAGCAUCGCAGUACAAACUUCACACACGCUUGACAGCGCUAUUAUGAUUGUACAUGUCAAAAAUAAAACAAAGUAAAUAUAUUAUUUGUACUGUAAUAACCAAUCGCUUAAAGCUGAGGGACUUUCAAAGUCCAAUGUAUUUCAGAAAAGAAGUGGACACAGGGAGAAGCUACGCAUAUCUCGUGCUGUGAUUCUGACAAGCACUCCUAGCAAGUACAUCGAAGUAAAGGCUGGACGGCUCUAGGCGAGGGAACUUAAUAAAGCCGUAGACAA